AUGACGGUGCGCUACUUAAACUCUGUUGCAACCAACUCAUGGUUCAUUUUUAUGAAACUUCUCUUCAGGUUUGCGCAAUUUUUGUACUCAGACUUAAGAUGGAGAGGAAGCGUUUAUCGUUACAUUUGGUUUGACUUUCUACUAUUUUGUGGAUUGUAUUUCCUAAUCUCUUUGACGUAUCGUUUUGUGAUGCCUGAUUCUAUUAAGCGCGCAUUCGAGGCAUAUUGCAGCUUCUGCAAAUACUAUGGCGAGUACAUCCCCGUCUACUUUGUUUUGGGUUUCUUUGUGGACAUCAUAGUUGAACGCUGGUGGGAUCAGUUUCUCAAUAUUCCCUGGCCAGACGAAAUAGCUAUGAGUCUGGGCGCCUACGCGCUCGGUCAUUCGGAGCGUGUCCGAAUGCAACGCCGAACCAUCAUGCGCUACGUCAAUCUCUCCUUUGUUCUGGCUGUACUCGAUAUGUGUUCGCGAGCGAAGUUGCUUUUCCCAAACGAGUUUAGUUUGGUAUCUGCAGGUUUGGCGACCCAGGAGGAGUUACUACUUUACUUCCAAAGUGCUCCAUUUCAACUCUCAGCGUGCUACGUAGAACCAUGCUUGUGGGCGCAGGAUAUUGUCUCGCAAAUGCGCAUGGAAGGCUCUAUUAAUUCCGAUCGCUCUGUGGAACUGCUCUGCAAACAAAUUGCCGAAUUUCGCAGUGGUCUUGGCUCUAUUCUCUGCUACAACUUGAUUUCCGUUCCAUUAUGGAGGGCCAGUGGAUCCCUCAUCUCGGCUUAUUUACUCACGUACUUUAACAUUGAAUUACCAUUUCUUCAGGUAGCCAUCUUGACAGUCUACAGUUACACUAUCUCUUCCCUCUUUGCGUGGCAAUUUCUGGAUCCGAAUAAAAGUGUCAUGGGGGAUGAAGUGGACUUGUAUGUACCAAUUUUUGGCCUUCUGCGUUUCUUUUUUUACAUGGGAUGGAUUAAGGUGGCUGAGUCGUUAAUUAAUCCAUUCGGUGAAGACCAGGAUGACUUUGAUAUUGACAAGAUAAUGUCCUACUAUAUCGUGGAUUCGAUGUACGAACAAGUACCUCCGCUAAGUCGCGGUGUGGUGUUGGAAGUCAUGGAACAGCCGGAGAGUCAACGACAGAACUACAUGGCAAAGAUUUCGCGUCGUGCCUCCGUUUUGAGUAAUGAGCUCUUCCUUGGCUCCCUCACCAAUGUCAACAUUAACGCUAGAAGAAGGCGUGGUCAUUGUAUACUGGUGUGCACAAUGUUUCACCCUGUUUGUUUACGACAUUUAGUCCGUUUGGGCUUCUUCUGCAGGUCAAAACACAUCAGACUUUCUCCACUCGCUGAUGCGUUUAAUUAUGGACCAAACAAUAUUUCCAUCAAGGACAAGAAAGUUGCUGGUCUGUUCGGUGAUGAUAAAUUAUGUGAACCUGAUGGUUUUCAAGCAUCGUUAGAUGAAUGCUUCGGCAAUUGUCACAUGUUGAUUCAUGAGGCAAAGAAUCCGAACCGAAAGCGGAUAAUGGUUCAGGUUCUGGAUGAUCUUUCUGACAGCUUGUGUCGAGUAGCCGACUUGGCUGACUGUAUUCGAGCCCUACAUCCUGAUGAGGCUUAUCAGCGUGCUGCAAAUGAAGUCUGUCUUCACGUUGGAAAUCUCGUUGAAAGCCUAAACACUGACGUUGGCCUUUACGAUGCUGCAGUUCGAGCCGUCCAUGCUCAGACCUCAUCGUCUUCUAGUCCCGAGGCUCAGACCGAUCUUGUAGACAAACGGGUGCUCAGCCUCUUUGUAGAGGACUUCGAACAAUCUGGUGUACAUCUCAAGGAUGCGUCUGAUCGCCAAACGUUUCUUAAAGCAGCCUCUCGGAACCUAGAACUCGGCGUUGAAUUCAAUAGAAUCGCCAACACACCUGUCACCCUCAGCUCCACCCUCUUGAGCUCCAUUUCAAAUGACGUAGACUGGCGUCCGUUCAGCGGAAAGAAGCUCUACUCCCCCUACUACGAGGCACCUCAACAAUUUUUACGUGCCCUCAGCUACACUCUCUUCUUCGGUCCCAUUGAAGGCCAGGAAUACCGGCUGGUUGAGCUCCUUGAGGCCAGGGACAAAAUGGCAAAAGCAGCGGGCAAGAAGUCAUUCCUUUAUCGCGCCGUGCAACAGACGAGUCUUGCGGAGUCACCUGAAGGGGUGGAACAUUUCCUAACGACGCUCUCCACACUCCUUACACAGACAGCCACCAGAACGGCGCUCUCCCAUCUAAGAAAGGAUCUAGAACCUCAACAGGAUCGUCUGCGACCCUGGGACAUACCCUUUCUCAUUCAUCAGGGCCAACAAUGUGGUGGAUAUGAGCGCCUACAGGCCUUCUUCUCGCUGGGCGCAUGCAUGGAGGGCGUGAGCCAACUGGCGCACAGCCUCUUUGGUCUGCGACUGGAGGCAGAGCCCGCCCUACCUGGCGAGGUGUGGCAUCCGGAUGUGGUCAAGGUCACCGCUUAUACCACGGAAUCCCACGUGGCGAUGGAGGGAGAAGAGGUGCACCCUUGGGAGGUUCGGUACCCUAUUGGGCCGGGAGUACAGGUGGGCACUAUCUACUGCGACUUUUUCAAUCGGCCGGGCAAACUACCCACGGACUGCCACUACACAGUGCGGGGUGGUCGUCACACUGAGAACACCAUGUUUGAGUCACACUCGCCUUACCAGUAUCCAGUAGUUGUGCUUCAGCUAAACUUGGGCCCAAGUCCUGCUUCCAGUGAGGACGGAACUCCGGCUCUGUUGACACCUGGACAGGUGGAGAAUCUCUUUCAUGAGUGGGGUCAUGCACUCCACUCGGUGCUUGGACGCACGCGCUACCAGCAUGUUACCGGAACUAGAUGCAGCACCGACUUGGCCGAGCUCCCCUCCACCCUAAUGGAACACUUCGCCCUGGACACCCGCGUGACAGCUCAGUACGCACGUCACUUUCAGACUGGUGAGGCACCCAACUCCGAUGAGGAGAUGAAAGCCCUUCUUUAUCUCAACGCUAGCCGUGGCUAUGGAGAGAGCGUCGAGGUCAUGCUUCAGUUGGUCCACUCAAUCCUCGAUCAACGGCUGCACUCCGACUCCCCCUCAAAGGUGCUAACACCCUUCCAAGGAAUUCCCAGCGCCAGUCCACCAUCUGCUCUUUUAUUUGAGAACCUCUUGAUGGAACACUGUAGUCCCUGGCUGUCAACGGAUCUGCCAUCGCAGUUGCAACACCUACCCGUGGCCACCACACAUCGAUUUGGCCAUUUGUGUAGCUAUGGUGGGCGUUACUACUCUUACCUCAUGGCACGAGCUGCUGCUGGGCUGAUUUGGCACAAGGGGUUUGCGGGGGAUCCGUGGUCAUCGGGUUUUGGACGGAGGUACCGUGACACCUUGCUUCGCCACGGCGGGGAGCGUCGGCCUCAAGAGAUGCUUUCCCGUUUGUUGAACGAGGAUGAAGGAACAGCAGAUAUGGGACAUCUCGCCGCGGGCCUCUGCGAAGACAUUGCGGUUCGCGAGGAGGCUGCGCGGAUAAUUCUGGCGCGAAUAGGGAACGCCUCAUGGAACCUCGUUCGAUAG